AUGGGCGAAGAGUUUGAUGAGGAGCUGGUGCUGGAGAACUCUCCUUUGUACCAAUACCUGCAGGAUGUGGGACAUACAGACUUUGAAACUUGCCCAAGUUUGUCAUGGGUGGAAGAAUGCUCACCAAAUGAGGAACCAUAUGAAUUGGGUAUCCCUUCUGAACCAGAAAGGAGCUUCUUAUCAAAGGGUUUUGAAGUUGUUCAAAAAUGGAAUCCAUUCUCUGAAGCAAAAAGAAGAAAAGAUUUGGAAUCACUGGAUAUUGAUUUUCAACUGCGCGCUCUGUGUACCAUCCUGGAGCAGGAAGUGCUUCUGCAGGAGGAUGUGGAGCUGAUUGAACUGCUGGACCCCAGCAUCCUGAGCUCAGUACAGGCCCAGCAACAGAGAAAUGGCUACCAGCCAACACAGUGGUUGUCCGGAACUCCAAGCAUUUGGGAUCUUUCCAUAUUGGCUGCAUUUGCUGGUGUCUUCAUCAUGACCUCAAACCUGAGUGACGCUUUCCCUUGGGUCAUGGUAGGAAUGUUUGGGCUUAGUCUUUAUAUGGUUUUUAGAAGCUUUGGUUUAUGGAAAAGAGCCAGGCUUCAGGAAUCCAUGAGAAAAUGCAGCAACUGUCUUGAAAAUCUGGUGGCAAAUAGCCAUGCCUUCUCCAGUCUUGUACGAAAAACCCUGCGACAGAUUCAGGAGCUAGAGGUCAUUUCAAGAGGAUUCAUGCUGGUAACAGCUGCAUGCCCUGCUAGUAAACUGGGAAGCUCCUGGCAACAGCAGGGACAACAGCUAAUUGGCUUGAGGAAGGCAGUGUACAAUGCAGUGAAAUCCACCUAUCGGGCUUCUCGAAUGGCCACCUGCUAUCUGCUCAAGUGCUAUCCUCUGAACUCUGAGACUGAUAAUGUGACCAACUAUCUGUGUGCAAUCCCAUUAAGUGAGCUUGGCCUGGGAUUGAAUGAGGAGGUUCUAUCUGACAAGGAGGCUCAGGAGCUUACUGAUGGCUACAGUCUGAGGCCAUUAAAGCUACUCUUUCAGCUGUGGGUAGGCCAAAACUCGGAGUUCUUCAGACGCUUGGUUUUGCUGUUGUCCCCUGUUCAAACUGCGCACAAGUCUCAUGUUUCUCCAGGGAAUUUGGCGCAUCAGAUCACUGCAGAAGUAAUCCACGAUCUUUCGCAUGCUGUCACUACUUGCCUUGAAGAAUUGAAACGCAGCUAUGAAUUACAUAGAUACUUGCAGCACCAACCUAAUUUGAAAACCCUGAAGAGGACUAAACAUGAAUCAAGCGAGCUGAAGAAUAUAUUUACUGUGGUUCGUAGUCUGCAGCUCCACCUUAAGGUGCUAAUAACUGAGGUUAUUACUUUAGAAGAUCAUCUGGAAAAACUCCAUGAAUCAAGAGAGCAGCAUGAAGUAAUGCCUGAAGUGUACCAUGAUCUGGAUCAGAAACUUAAAUUGAUCAAGCCACAUAUGGAAGCAACUAUGGACUGUUGGGAUGAGGCAAGAAACCAGGUGGAUAAACUAGUACGUACUUCUAAGGACCAGAAAGAUGGACCAGAGGCACUGGGCAAUGACUUGCUUCCAGCCUUGAAACCCUCAGAGAAAACUGUUAUAAAGAUCAAAGAUCAGGAUCCAGUCCCAGAAGAGCAGGAACUUGAGGCUUAUGUAGAAGAAUCUGACUCGGAUGGAGACUUCAGAAGUGGUGUCUAUAACUGCUUGUCGCCAGCAGAGCGAGAAAAGGAGAAGCGAGAGAGGGAGGAGUCCAGGAGAGUGCUUCAGGAACUGAAGAGUGUGCUGGGACUCAAGGCGUCUGAAUUGGAGAGGCAGAAGUGGAAGCAACUUCUUUUCAAUGACCAAGCUGCCCUGAAAACACUUCCAUCUCUGGACCUGGCACAGUUAAUGAGAGAGCCAGUGGCACCUGAGGACAUGGAUGAAAAUGACCAAGGCUGUGGUGGGCACUUGCAGGAGGUGGACCUCGGUCAACUAGGUACCUUCACAGAUGGCCAGGAAUGCUGCAGAGUGAUGGGAUCAGAAUCCACUGAUGUACAUUUGAACAGUACCAGCGGAAGCACCAUCCUUAGUGGUGUUACCAGAGUCAGUAAUGCAGACGGCAGCUUAGAUUGCUGCUCGGACACCACGGACAGCCCUAAAGAAAAACAAGAAAAUCUGCAGUCGGUGUAUCCCCAACAGCAGCAGGCAGCUGUAAGACAGAGACUGGCAGAGAGGCACGGGCCAGCCUCCCUGCACCUAACCUCGGCUCUGGCAGCACAAGCUGUUGCUCGGUCGCACACCUUUGCCAGCUUUCAAGAGCAGACUUUUGGAGAUGACGAUGAUGACGAGGGCGAGGAUGAGGGAGGAGAGAGGCACAGUGAUGUUAGAAAUGAAGACACUGAAAUUUGAGCUCUGUACUUGGUAAACAAUGAUUAUAACCUGAUAUUUAUUUAUAACUUUAAAGACAGAAUGAUGUGAUGCAGAAAGUACAAAACAGCAGCAACGUGCUUGUUCCUUAUGGUGUGAAUUUUCAUUGUGAACCCUGUGUGAACACAAUUCCAUUGCCAUUGGAACAACGAUUGAUGUCACCCACAGCCAUUUCCAUUAUUUCUUGUGCCUGAAUGCACUGGGGUCUGGUGCAAAGGCUUUGGGCCAUGGAUUCUGGUGAGGUCAGGGAGAAAUCCUUCAGACUAAUGUAAAAGUCUUGAAUACCCUACGUAAUGCCUACUGACACUCAGUGCCUCUUAUCUUACCAAGCUGCACCAUUGUUGCUGAUUAUGUGGCCAUUGAAAGAAAUGCAGCGUAUUCAAUCAGUUGGUGUCUAAACUUCUCUAAAAUUAGUGCGAUAGUUACUGGACUAGGUGUCCAGACUCCCACACUAAUAACCCAAAAGCGCAAGUUUAAAUCCCACUUCCAAAUUUGAAAGUUUUAAUUCGAUAUUUAAAAGCCUUGAAAAUAAAAAUCUGGCGUCAGUGAAAGUCGCAAAAUCCCAUUUCCCAUGAAGGAAGGAAAUGGCUACCCUUCCCUGUAGCUCCAGUUCCACACCAACCCUGUCCUGGCCGGUGAGCUUUACAGCCCAAGAAUGAAGUUGAAGAUGAGGUCACUACACUCGCUUGUUCUUCCCACCAACACAGAGGCAGCGAAUCUGACCCUUUGCAAAAUAAAUAGUCCAUUAACCUCCAGAGUCAGCAAUCUGCAUUUAUUGAUUUUAAACACAAAGGCCUAGAUAUUCAUUGGCUCAGGGGUGUCUGGUACAAUCCACUAUUUAUAAAAUGAGUUACAAAAAACCUAAUUUGAUAAACAAAAAAACUGCAGAUGCUGGAAAUCUGAAACAAUACGGAAAAUGCUGGAAAUACCCAACAGGUCAGGCAGUAUCCAUAGAGAGUGAAAUAGAACUAACGUAUUGGGCCAAUUCCUGGCUCUGAAAGGUCAUAGUCAGAAAAUAAACAAGUUUUAAGUAUCAGUGAAGAGCUGUGGGGUGGGGGUGGACUGGGAUUGGGGAGGAGAACAGAGGAGAUGUCUGCGAUAGCGUGGAAACCAAGCGAGACUGACGCAAAUAAUGUUCCAAGUAAGAGAGGGUGCAAAGGCUUGUUAAUUGCUUAAAAGACAGCGAUAAAACAAAACCCAGCGGUGCAAGCCUCUCUCUUCAUUUCUGCAAACAAUAACUUAUUUUAAGAGACAUUUGAAUGUAUACUAGUGCCCGCCAGGUCACUAAUUGACUCGUCUCAGCUGGAGGAGGUGUUAACAGGAGGUGAAUGAAGUCAGAGGAGAGGAAACAAACCAGCUGGAACUGUGGGAUAUAAAACUGCAUGCUGGAAAUUUGAAACGAAAGAGACUUCAGGAUUUACCCAGCAAAUCAGGCUGUAUUUGUGGAGAAGAAUCAAGUUAACGUUACAGGUUGUUGAUCUUUAAAAUAACCAGCCUUUCCAGUUUGGUUUUCGUUUCUCUCUCCACAGAUGCUGCCUGACCUACUGAGCGUUCGCAGCAUUUACUGUUUUUGUUUCAAUGAACUCGGGUUGUUUACCCACUUCACGUUUCCACCGGGUGCUCCAGUUUCCUUCCAUGCCCCAAAGAAGUUGGUAGUUAAUUGGUCACUGUAGACCACUCCUGGUGUGUAGCUGAGUGGUAGAAUCUGGGGGAGUUGAUGAGAAUGUGGGUGGAAUGAAGAAUGGUAUUAAUGUAGAAUUAGUGUAAAGGUGUGGUUGAUGGUCAGAGAGGACUCAGUGGGUUGAGGAGCCUGUUUGUGUGCUGUAUUUCUCCACGACUCUCCGUAGAAUGUGCUCCCUUGUGUUGUGAAAUCAAAUUUUUAUUUUGAUCCAUAUUCAGUGGCUGCAGUCAAGUACUCUUUUAAACUAGUCUUAAGAAUUUUCCUCACAAUACAAAAGCACAAACACUAAUGUUCUUCAGAAUUAUGUGGAUGAAUGUUUCUUAAAUGCUGCGUGGGGAGUCUGCUUGGAACUGCUUUCCCAGUGAGUGGAUUAAUAAAUUAACCUUUAAUUGCAGAUUUCUGUUUGUUCAAAAGGGGUUAUAAUCCCACUGAAUGCAGUGUUGUUUAAAGUUCUAACUUGUGAUAUCUACUUAUUCACCCUCCCCAACUAAAUUGGUUAAUGAAAGUUGAAACGGCUUUUAAUCAUUAAAGAUGCUCCUCGGCCAACUUUAGAUAUUAGGGUUUUAAAGGGUUUGAUAACUCAUCUGACCCAUCGUGAUUUGUUAAAAUGAAUAUAAUGCUGUGCAGAUUGCAGAUUGUUUUCAUAACGUGUCAGUCUGGUGUCAAAGUGAAUUACACAGUGAGAUGUAUGGAGCCAUAACUAAGCAGAGUGUCCCCUCCCCACACCCUCUUCCAAUCCAUAUAAUGUGGUGGCUACUGAACCAAGAAUUAUGACCAGUGUUUGGAAAGGUAUCACUACUGAACUUAAUAUUCACUUGACAUCAGGCAUAAAAUAAAUCAAUCCUGAAUAUACUCCAAUGAAGUCUAUUGGAAAGUAUGUCUCUAAGUACAUUCAUAUAUAUGUGUGUGUGUGUAGUGAGGAAGCAGGAGUGGGUUGGUGGUGAGGGCCAUAGAAGCAUUCAAAUUUUGUUCUAUAUUGAGCUGAUAUGGGUAAAUUAGUGACUUGGUGGGCACUGGUAUACAUUCAAAUGUCUCAGAAUCAGAUUUAUUAUCACUGACUUAAAUGACAUGAAAUUGUUGUUUUGCGGCAGCAGUACAGUGCAAAGACAUUAUUUCUAUAAAUUACAAAAUAAAUAGUGCAAAAAGAAAGGAAUAAUGAGUCAGUCAUGGACUGUUCAGAAAUCUGAUGGCAGAGGGGAAGAAGCUGCUCCUGAAUCGUUGACUUUAGAUCUUCAGGUUCCGGUACCUCCUCACCGUUGGUGGUAACAAGAAGAGGGCAUGUCCCGGAUGGUGAGGGUCCUUAGUGAUGGAUGCCACCUUCCUGAAGCGCCACCUGCUGAAGAUGUUCUCAGUGGUGGGGAGGGUUGUGCCUAUGGUGAAGUUAUUGUUUGCAGAAAUGGUGAGAGAUUUUUUCUGCUGGUUUUGUUAACUGCUGUCAUUUAUUCACGUCCUCCCAAUUUCCAUAACUCUCUGAAGUAUUGCGCUUGUCUGACAGCCCCAUCCAUACCGACUUCUGGCUCCCUGUCCUCAAUGGACACAUUUCUAAAACUGUCCUUGUCUGCCAAUUCCUCUCUCCUGUGAACUUCACUCCUACACCCUCUCCCUACCCACUGCUUCUGAGAAUUCUCCCGCCUGUUUUUCACUCUCCCCCAGGUUCACUUACUGAAACUCCUGAUCAUGAUGUAAAUUUCUGCUCAAUUAUCUGAGCAGCAUCUUGAACCAAGGUAAUCGGUGAUCUCAUUGUCUGCUCCAGUGCCACCUCUGCCUUCAAGUCAGAAAGGUGGCAAGUUCACAGGCAAGAGUACAAAAUCCAGCCCAGCAUACACAGCAGGCUUGCUGCAAAGCAGGAUAGCCAUCUUUCAGAUGACAUUCAACCAAGGUGCCUUCAGGAUGCAUCUAGAAGAUCCCACAGCACUACUUAGACUAGUAUCCUGGCCAACAUUUACUUAACCACUCAAAAUUAGGCUGGGGUCAGUUUAUUAAUGCUAUCCUCAUUACAAUGCUUAUUGUACGUCAGAAGUUGCCCAUGAACUGUAAAGCACUUUGAGACGUUCUAAUGUCCUGCAGGAUGCUCUGCAAAUGUUCAUUAUUGUUGUGGUAAAUGAUUUUGUGUAAAUCCCUUUGCACUGCAAGAAUUUUGUGGAGGUCAGAGUCAAAGUAGCCUCAAAUUAAUCCUAGAGGAAAGUUGAAG